AUGUCAUUCCACCAAUCCAGCGAGGACAUCCACAUCCGCCAGGAAGAUGGGUCUACCAUGCUCCUGGCGCGGGUGCGCAACAACGCCGGCCAGCUGAUCCAGCGCAAGAUCAGACUGGACGAUCAUAUCGGCAAUACCGAUGGAUGGUUCAUCUGGGGCGGCAACAACUUCACGCGCACGGCCAGAAACAUCGCGCUGGAGCACACCCAGUACGGACCCAAGCUGUGUGCUGAUCUGGAGAUGCGGGAUGGGGGAUCGCGGGGCCGGCAGGGAGUCAUGUUGUCCGACAAGAUCGGGAACGAGGAUGGACAUUUGAGGUUCUUGGGUCCUUGA